CAAGAACACACAACGUCUUGCACAGUCAGAGCAGGAACAGCUCAGCAAAGCAACCAAAAUAACAACACCAAAUAACCAACAAAAUGUCGUCAAUACAAAUAUCGGAAAUGUCCAAGACGUACCAAUACCGCAAGGUGAUGAAGCCAUUGCUGGAGCGCAAGCGGCGCGCACGCAUCAAUAAGUGUCUAGAUGAGCUAAAGGAUCUGAUGGUCGCCACGCUAGAAUCAGAGGGGGAGCAUGUCACACGCCUGGAAAAGGCCGAUAUACUCGAGCUGACCGUCACCCAUCUGCAGAAGAUGAAGCAACAGCGCCAGCACAAACGCGCCAAUGGUGGCGCCGAGACACUUACGCCUGCCGAGGGCUUCCGCUCCGGCUAUAUACACGCCGUCAAUGAGGUGUCCCGCUCACUGUCCCAGCUACCCGGCAUGAAUGUCAGCCUGGGCACACAGUUAAUGACACAUUUGGGUCAGCGGCUUAAUCAACUGCAACCCGCCGUUAAGGAGGUGCUCCCAGUGACGCAGCCGCUCUCCGUGCACAUUGCCAGCCGGGAUGCCUACUCUGUGCCCAUUUCGCCCAUCUCCAGCUAUGCCGGCAGCCCCAACUCAAGUGUGGCCAGCGAACAACUGGGCAGCGCCUCGCUCCUGACCACUUGCUCCAGCAAUCUCAGCAUUGACGUCACCAAAAUGGAGGAGGUGGCAGACAGCGAGGAUGAGGAGAAUGUCUGGCGGCCUUGGUAGAGAACCAGCGAGAGCGACAGAGAAAAAGAGAGAGAGAGAGAGAGAGAGAGACUAUAAGAAUGAGAGUUAAGAAUAGCAAAUGUCUUCCAAGUCAAAGGGUUAACCAAGCCCAAUUGACGCCCACUUAGCAUUAAGUUUACAACAACAACAACAACAAAAAAGCUUUAACACGGCGCAGUUCAUGUGAUAACUAAGUUUAAUAAUAAAUUAUAUAGCUA